GGUAGCCAUGGCAACAGGCGUGACCCAACCCAUUGUAUGCAGAAGAUGGAUCAAAUUGAGGAACCACUUGAUACACUUUACGAGCCUCGCGGUGUUCUAAUGAUUGUCUUAAUUGUGUCUGCGAGCAAAAGAGACGCCUCACGCGACUAGUCUGACGUCCGACGAGUCACUCGCGACUUGUCUCCCGUGUGAAUGUUUCCCGCCACCCCCACCUCCUUUUUUUUUUUUUUUUUUUAAGAGCUCACAUGCGAAAAGAUGGAGGAAUUUAACUAUAGUCUCGCUAAUUUGCCCGAAGACGUGCUGGACAGACUGGGCAAGAUGUUGGACAACUCCACCUGCGGAUGGAGGCAGCUGGCCCAAGCUGUUUCUGAAGCUCCGAAAUUCCGCUGCAGUGAAAGGGACGUGACCAGCUGCUCGCUCCAGGUGCUGAGUGCGACGGGAAGCCCGGGACGCAGCUUCCUGGAUCUGCUGGUCGAGCGAUCUUGUUCUCUGCUCUUUCUGCUGCAGUGUUUGCGGAAGAUUGAUCACCGGGAAGCUGUGCAGCUCCUCACCGCCAUGGCAACAGAGAUCCGCGUCACAGUACAGCCUACCUCCCUGCGGGCAACACUGGGCAGCCGGGUGGUGUUGACCUGUAAGGCCGCUGGGCCUCCUGGACUAAGCUACCAGUGGUUCAAAGGCAAAGAGGAGAUUUUGGAAGCCACUGGACACACACCUGAGCUCGUUGUGUGUCCUUUGGGCCCCGAGCACCAGGGCAGCUACAUCUGUCGGGUUAACCAUGGAGACACAUGCGCCUUCUCCCAGUGGGCUCAGGUGCGCCUGGUUCAACCUUCACCAUGCACAAGUCCAGGUUGUAGCAGCAGUAUGUUUUCAGGGUCAUCAAGUGGGGUGCGAAUCAUCUACCAGCCCAAUUCCCAAGUGGCAUCUGAGGGCGACGCGGUACUCCUGGAGUGCGCUGCCGUGGCCAACCCUCCUCCCCAGUACCAGUGGUACCACAACUUGGUUCCAAUGCCACAAAGCAAGGCUCGCCAACUCAAAAUCUCAUGUGUGACCACAGCCCAUAGAGGGCAAUACAGAUGCAAGGUGUUCAACUUGUAUCACGAGGUGUGGAGCGACCCUGCUACUGUCAGCAUUGGCCCAACUUCCAUCUCUGAUCCCUCCUGGGGAGCAGUUGACUGCGCCCAAGGAUCCCAGGAAGUGGACAGGCCCAUCAUUAGUACAGGCGUAUUGCCACAGAUGACCAAUCCGCCACCAUUAUCAAAGCAGUUCUAUGCCACAGACAAAGUGGCUCUCCUGAUCGGCAACUUGAACUACCGCUACCACGCUCAUCUGUCUGCUCCCAUGGCCGACGUCCACGAGUUGAGCAACCUCCUCAGGCAAAUGGACUUCAAGGUGGUCUCUCUGCUGGACCUCAACUGGCAGGAGAUGCACAGCGCCGUCACCGAGUUCCUGCUGCUCCUCGGCAAAGGAGUUUACGGCCUGCUGUACUUUGCCGGUCAUGGAUACGAGAACUACGGCAACAGUUUCAUGGUGCCCAUCGAUGCGCCAGCCUUUUACACGUCAAAGCACUGCUUGUGUGUGCAGAAUAUUCUAACCAGGAUGCAGGAGAAAGAGACCGGACUCAACGUGUUCCUGCUGGACAUGUGCCGGAAAAGAAACCCAAACGACGAAGUUGCCGUCCAAUCCAGACUGUUGAAAGUGACGGCGAAUAUAGUGUUUGGAUACGCCACAUGUGUCGACGCCGAGGCUUACGAAGUGCGGAUGGAAGACCUGUCCAACGGCAUCUUCAUAAACUUCCUCAAGCGGCGGGUUUGCGAGGAUGAGAAGGUCACGGUCAUGCUGGAUAGGGUAGCAGAAGACAUGGGUCGCUUUGAAGUCACCCGUGGGAGGCAGGCCCUGGAGCUCCGAAGUAAUCUGUCCGAGCGGCGUUCCCUCACUGACCUUAUUCAAACAUCGGACUGUUCUGUGGCAUGUUCGACUCGGAACCUACAGUGGGCUGUGGCUCAUGUUCUGCCGAAGAGCCGUUUCAUCCAGUUUGACUGCGGUGUGAAGGUCCAACUUGGAUUUGCUGCUGAAUUCUCCAACAUCAUGGUCAUCUACACACGUGUACUGGACAAGCCCAAAGAAAUUGUGACAUGCUCUGCUCAGCUCACUGACUUUCCUGAGGAUGUGGAUAUUGACCUGAAGAAGAGCAAUCAGGAAACUCUGCUGGAAGCUGGCAGUUUAUCAUUAAUCAAAGAUCAACUUCCUUCACCUGAACUCCCCAGUCUCUACACUCGCAUUUGCAGCCUGCAGAGACUCAAAAAGGAGCUCACAUUCUCCAUCUGUCUCCGUUACACUUAUGUCAACUUGGAGGACGAAGUGGAGGAAAGGCGAAACGUUACAGUCGGCAAACCGCUGGUGUCCAAACUGAACCUCCAUCAACCGCGGCCACGCUCACCUUCGUCGUCCCUCAGCCUGGACUCGUGCACUAUCUCGGAGGUGUCCUCUUUCUCCGAGGACUUCGCCCCACUGGCGUCCAACGCGUGGUCGCUAUUUGCACCUGCUAAUGCUGACAAAAGCCAGGGCAAAAUGAAUUAUCAUUCCUACUAAGACAAUCCAAACAUACACUUUUAUAAAUUAUGGAGAAAAAAAUGACAUUUCAGAAAAAAAAACGACUUACUGUGGCAAGUUUUUUUACUUUAUCAAUGCAUUACAAUACUGUGCAAACAUCUCGGGCUACCACUAGCUUUAUUGUUUAUAAUGAACCAUUUUCACAGCAUUUGUUUUGGCACCAUAACGCAGUAACUAACAAAUCAGAAGAUUACACACUAAAUGCACAAAAAAAUGUAAAUCCCUAUGAGAUUAGAUAUCCCAAAUCCAUGUUUUUCAAGCAUUUCCCCUCCAAGAAAAUCUCCAUAAGGUAAUUAGUUUUAUUAGUGGUCAAAUUAUAAAUAUUAAGUUUUUCUGAACGACAUCACAUAGCACAAUGCACUACACUUGUGAGGGGUUAACCAUCCCCUGUAAAGUGUCUCAGGCACAAAAAAAAGAUAAUAAUAACCCCUGAACUUGUAUAUUACAGUUUUUUUACGAUAAUAAACGCAUUUCUGCAUAAA